AUGGUGUGCGCCAAGUGCGACGCAAAGCUACGCAAGGGCCCUCAGCUAGCAGCGCCAGAUCCAUUCAAGAGCAAGGCAGAGAACUCGGCAGGUCGAAAGAUUGGAGAGAACAAGCUCUUGUCAUCCAAGCGAUACUCGCCCUAUGCGCCCGUCGCAGGCAGCAGUAAAGGCUCAGGAGCGGCCAUGGUCAGCCGGUGUACCACCUGUCGCAGUCAGACUUCACGCCCGGGUGCAAAGUACUGCCAGCAAUGCGCCCAAAAGGCUGGCAAGUGCGCUCUCUGUGGCGCGGCAAUGAUGGACACCAGAGGGUACAAGAUGAGCUCAAAGUGA